GCUGCUUCUCCUCAUAAUAAACCUUCAGUCUGACAACUGAACUCAGAUCAGAUCGGUCCGACAGCAGCAAGCUGCAGGAAACCUGAAACUGGUCUGUGCUGCAACAAGAGGAAAGAGAGGUUGUCUGAAGCCGGAGGAGGGCGUGGAGCUGCUGAUCCAGCUGAUAAACACUCCCCCACCCCCUCACACACGGAGAGCUGCAGAGUUCUCCAUUAAGACUGUGAACGUUCAGGAUGAUGCUGGAGCUGCUGUUGCUGUUCUCUCUUCUGUUAGUCGGAGCCUAUUUUCUCCUUCAUGCUGUUUUCCUCAAGUUGCCCAGAUGUCGGAGCGCUGUAGAGCUGCACGGGAAGACCGCCGUCGUCACCGGAGCAAACACCGGCAUCGGUAAGACCACGGCGAUGGAUCUGGCCAGGAGGGGGGCGAGGGUGAUCCUGGCCUGCAGGGACAGAUGGCGAGCCGAAGCUGCCGUCCAGGAAAUCAUCCAGGAGACGGGGAACAGCCAGGUGAUCUUCAUGCAGCUCGACCUGGCCAGUCUGCAGUCUGUCCGCUCGUUCGUUGACGACUUCCUGCGGUCCGAGUCCAGACUGGAUGUGCUCAUCAACAACGCCGGCGUGAUAAUCGGGGGAAAGACAAAGGACGGCUUCGGGAUGAUCUUUGGCGUCAAUCACCUGGGACACUUCCUGUUGACGAUGCUGCUCCUGGACCGGCUGAAGGCGAGCGGGCUGAGCCGCGUGGUGACCGUGGCCUCUAAAGCGUACGAGAUGGGGAAGGUGGAUUUCAACCUUCUGACGACCCAGAGAGACGUCGGCGUGGACGGCAGCGACUACGAGCUCUUCCUGAUGUACUGCCACAGCAAACUGUGCAACGUCCUCUUCACCUACGAGCUCGCCAAGAGGCUGCAGGACACCGACGUCACCUGCUACAGCGUCCACCCAGGACCCAUCCAGACGGAGAUCGCUCGUUCUUCUGGUUUUUGGUGGAAGAUCCUGGUGGUCCCGUUCAUGUACCUGUUCUUCGUGGACGCCGUGUCCGGAGCUCAGGCCACGCUCCACUGUGCUCUGGAGCCGGGCAUCGAGCACCUCAGCGGCCACUACUUCGACUGCUGCUCGCCGCGGCUGAACAUCGAGUCGAAGGCGAGAGACGACGCCACGGCCAAGAAGCUGUGGGAGCUCAGCGAGGGUUUCUGCGGUUUGGCCUGAAUCCUGAAACCUGAAAUCUGACGCUGCGUGCUUCCUUCACUGGUAGCCGAGCGCACGCCAUAUAACCGCGACGUUACGCCUUUGUUUCAUGUCUGCUCUUGAAUGCAUCAAAAUUCAAAUCAGCUUCUGCUUUCAGAGGUUUUAUAAAUUACAUGAUGAUAAUUAUAUAAUUAUAGAUUUAUCUGCAUUAAAUUUAAAGUCUCCACAAGCUGAACAUAAACAUAUACAGUAUAUACAUAGACAUGUGUACAUAGAUAUACAGUAUAUACAUAGAGAUAUAUACAUAGACAUGUGUACAUAGAUAUAUAUACAUAGAUAUACACUCAGUGGUCACUUUAUUAGGUAUGCCUGUACAGUCUAAUGCAGUCACAAUACAGCAGACUUCAACACGUGGUUAACGUUACGUUACAUACGUGACAUAAGUAAAGUACGUUACGUUACUUGGUUAGGUUUAGGAAAAGAUCGUGGUUUGGGUUAAAGUAAGUACGUUUGUUAUGUAACUUAAGUUACAUAUGUAAGUUAAAUAUGUUACGUUACAUACAUGACAUAAGCUGUUGUAUUGGACUGUAUUAGUGUACCUAAUAAAGUGGCCACUGUGUGUAUAUAUACAUAGACGCCACAUUGACUCCUGGAUCGUACGUCAUCGUGGGCGUCAUUGGACUGGUCAGACUGGCCUGUAACUCUGUACUAGUGAACGGGGGAGCUGCUGUUUCUCUGGAUGAAAAGCACUAUAACGUCUACAUUCCUCAACCGGUUUCAACCAGUCGUUAUUAUAUUAAAGGGUUUAUGAUCUACGAGGAGGAACGUUAAAGUUAACGUCACCAUUUUUUUUUAUCUUUUCCCAAAGAUUUUGGUGUAAAAACUGUUAAAUACGUUAACGUCACUGCGUCCGGUUCCAGCGGUCUGUCCUUCCAUACGGUGGAUUCAAUCAAUUAUUA